UUAGAGAGGGUUACGGUGCAUUAUUAGGAUGUAAAUAGAUAAAUUUAUUCAGUUUUGUUCAAAGCGGUGUUAACUGUGACAGUUUUAGUCAAAUUAAAUCGAUACCUACCUAUACUAUAUAUAAUGUUACAGGUUAUUUCCAAAUGGAGAUACAGACAAUAUUUAUAUUGCAUCUCUGGUAAGUUUUAAGAGCCUGACUGCCUGACUGACUGACAACCUCACGAUGAUGAUGAUGAUGAUGAUAAUGUCUCCUAGUUUUUUCCGCAACACGAAUUCCUUUAACAAGACCUCCUUGAACUUGAACAGUAUUCUUACUACUACACUAACGUUUCUUCAAACUCUCAUCAGCAAUGGUAUCGAUUACUGCCUCCGUAAUUCAUGGAUCAUGGACUUCUCCAUUUAUCCCCCAACUAAAAUCUGAAAAUUCCCCCAUAGGCGUCCAAUUAACCACCAUUCAAGCUGCUCUAGUUGUAAGCCUUUAUACCUUGGGCUUCUUCUUGGGAAGCGCUCUUACACUACGUGCAUAUGACACUUUUGGUAGGAAAAUAAUGUUUUUGGUUGGAGACGUAUUAAAUUUAAUCUCUUGGAUUUUUAUAUUCUUUGCUCGUGGUCCAGUUGCCUUGUAUAUUGGAAGGAUUAUUGCCGGAAUGGGAGCAAUCAUUUGUUCACACGUUUCGUCAAUGUACACUGGAGAAAUUUCAGACAAUGAUAAUAGAGGGGUAAUGGGUUAUUUAAAUGUUCUAUUAAGUGCUUGUGGGAGUGUUAUCGGACUGGUAAUAGGUCCAUACGUAUCCUACAAGAGUUUUGCAAUUAUGGCAUUUUGUAUGGCAAUACUUGCAAUUGUAUGCCUUCUAUUAAUGCCGGAAUCGCCUUAUUUUCUUAUUCAAAAACACAAGCAUGAACAGGCGGAAAAAGUAAUAUGGAAACUGGCAAGCGAUGCCUCUGAUAAAGAAUUUGUUAGUAAGAGACUGCAGGAAAUCACUGAAUCUGUACAGAAGGAUAUGCUAAAUAAAUCAUCAAUUAAUGAACUACUUUGCAGUGGGAAAUAUACAAAACCGUUACUGCUCAAUGUUGGUUUAUACUUUAUUUUAUACAUGUCUGGCAGCUCGAUCAUAAGAUCGUAUUUGCAAACAAUACUUAACGCUAGUGAAAGCACAAUUUCAUCAGAUCUUUCAAGUUUGAUUUUUGGAGUAGUUUACAUUGUUGCUGUAUUUAUUUCCGGCCAAGCGGUGGAUCGAUUGGGAAGGAAACCCCUUUUACUUAUUUCCUGUAUCGUCAGUGCGAUUUCUAUGUUUGUUCUCGGAGCUUAUUUUUACAUUAACGAAACAAAAUCUUUUGAUAUGGCGGUCGUGACAUGGUUACCAUUGACUAGUCUGGUCGUCUAUGAAAUAUUCAUUGCCGUUGGUAUUAGUCCCAUACCACACGUCCUUUUUUCCGAACUGUACCCAAUGAAUAUCAAAGGUAUUGCGAUUGGGACGGUCGGAACAGUGCUGACUCCGAUCGCUGUGCUCAUUCAAUUGACUUACGAACCACUGAACGAAUUUUGGGGAUUGUAUGGUACCUUUUGGAUGUACUGCGCAUGCUGCAUUUUUGGUGUUUUCUUUACCAUAUUCUUUUUACCAGAAACAAAAGGAAAAUCUUUCCAACAAAUACAAAGGGAGAUCAAUAAGAAAUGGGUGGUGACUUCUGAAUGCAUAGAAGAUAACGAUAAAUUAUAACAAAUUUGUUUUAGAGUUUAACAAAAGUAGGAACUGUGAUAUUUAUAAUUAAUAAUAAUUUAGAAGGCUUUGAACUACUGUAGCUUAAAUGAAUUACGUAGAUAGUGAUAGAUAAU